GCCUCUACUUUGGAACGAAGUCAAAUUUGGGGAAUUCUUCUAGGUUGCCAGAGCCAAAUCUUCGCCUCAGCCCUUCAGUUUCCUUCGUCAUUUUCUGCUCAAACUCUGGAGUUACAUCAAGCAGUUUUCCUUCCCCUAGCUUCUUUGAUUUGGUCUUGUAAUCACGUAUUUUCUCGAGAAACAAUUUCUGAAUUGGGUCCAUGCCACCAUUGCUUUGGGUCGCCUUCUGCAGGACACAGGCAGUCAUACCGAUAUUGCGACGAAUAACAGUUUGCAGGCCUUUGCCACACACAUUUUUACUUACUGACAAUCGUAGCAUUUUUCCUUUGUCUUCUGUCGGCGGACAGUUGCUCUGCUUCUAAAAACCACUGUGCAGUAGGCCCAACGAGAUACGAGAGGACGACCUGUUGAUAAAAACCUCGAUUCGAUGCUGAACCCAUAAUUCUGUUCGAUUUUGUGGGUUCUUAUCAGUGGUUCUUAUCGACACACUUGCUUUUCUGAUUGCUUUGAAAAGAUAUAUAUUGGCGCUAAUUAUAGUAAAUGAGUACUUUCCUUUGUCGGAAAGGAAUAACACUUUUCUUAAGAACUGCACAUUAAUGAUCGCCCCAUAUCGAGCUUACAAGAAAAGUGUAGGUGCUUUAACAAACUUUUGUUCCGAAAAAAGGAAAAUGUAGCAAACAAAAUGAAACGAAACGAUUUAGCUUUGCUUGAAAAAACAAUUUAUACUACUUCUGCAAGUCUUAUGACAGUUCCGUGAAAUUUGACAACUAAGAUUAAGGAAAAAUUAAAUACCCUUAUAUUCAAACGGCUUAAAUCAUUUGUUCGUCGUUUAAUAUGUUUUACUAUUUUCAGGCAUAAUUUUGUAGGAACGUAAUUGUUAACUUUAUGAGGCCCCUAGACCUCGGGGCCUUAGGGCAAUUUUCCCCUUGCCCCUCUUUCGGCGUGUCAUGAGAAUAUAUUUUUGCUCUAAAUGAAGCCCCGUAUUAGCCUUCACUGAUUUUAUUCGCCUUUUCAGUACUAGCCUCGUUAUCAUGUCCAAUACGCACUUAAUUUUAGGAUGUGUGCUGCUGCACGUAGUUAGUUAAACACUGAUCUCAAAAAAAUCUUUAGUUUGAGAUCAGUGUUAGUUAGAGGACUUUUGAUUUUGAUGAUGAAGCGGAAAACGUAAACGAAGUUCUUUUCUCUUUGCCACACUUCUUCGGUAGAGAUCCCGCCACAGGCGCACAGGCGGCCCUGCAUGUCUCAGUAUGACGUCAUUGUCAUCUGCGCUGUGUGUCGCGUGAUAAGACUACGCAGCAAUCUUAAGAGUCGAAUUUUCUUUCGAAGUGCGCGUUUCAAGAAGCUGUUUCGAAAAUUUGUGUUCGACUUUACAGAAAAAUUUUUACCUGUUGGCUGCAUAUUUCAGCAAACGAUCUAGAGGAUAAAAGAUCUUCUAAGAUGCAGCGUACUAGUUCAAAGGGAAAUUUAGCAGAAGAACUGCUGCUCAAGUUGGAAAAACAUGACUAUGAUGCAAAAGAGCCUUGGAGGUGCUUGGCAGCCUGGUUCUUAGGCCCAAAAGCCGAGAAUCGAGUGGAAUUUAACAAGUUUGCUUUAUCUAUCUUGAAUGACUAUGAAGAUUUUCGUGCUACGUACCAGCCUACAGAUCCACUAUAUAUCACAGAGGAUGUUCGGCAUUCGCCAUCUUAUGAAAAAGAAAUUGAAAAGCUAGGGAAGGAGUUGAAAAAAUUGAUUGAAGAGCUCAAGAAAUCGGUGCCAUUCUUCAGCUACAGAUAUAAAGGCCACAUGGUAUGGGACAUUUCUUUGCCCUCACUUCUUGGGUAUUUAUCUGGAAUGCUGUGGAAUCAAAACAAUGUAGAUUCGUCUACAUCACCAGUAACAACAUUAAUCGAAGCUAGAGUUGGGAGACAGCUUUGUGAGAUGUUUGGAUUUCGUCAAGAUGACGAAAUGAAGCCCUGGGGGCACAUCACGAGUUGUGGAUCUGUUUCCAAUAUUGAAGCAUUGUGGGCUGCGAGAAACUUAAAGUUCCAUCCUAUUGCUUUGCGAAAUGCAGUUGCAAAUGAUGCCAGGCUUGCCAUUGCCAGAGAGACAACGCUUGUUUAUCUGCCGCGGCUAGAUAAGUAUGCAAAGCUUGUUGAUGCUGACAAUUGGAGUCUUUUGAACAUGGAGAUAGACGAUGUCUGCCAUAUAACGACAACUGUUGCUGAGCAAUCUGGACUAUCAAUGAAAGCAGUAACUGCCAUACUUGAUGACUACAGUCAAGUUUCUCUCGGUCUGUUUGACUUCUUGAAGUUAAAUGGAAUCAACAGCCCCGUUAUAAUUUCACCAGCCACUAACCAUUACUCGUGGCCUAAAGCAGUCACUCUGCUAGGCUUAGGACGUGCAAACCUUAUCCAGGUGCCUGUUGACAAUAAUGGGAGGCAGAAUCUCGAAGAGCUCCAAAGAUUACUUGAGAGUUGCCUCAAGAACAAGAUUCCUGUUUUAUGUGUGGUAGCUAUUAUUGGGACAACAGAAGAAAGCGCCGUGGACCCAGUUGUUGAUAUUCUGGAAAUCAGGGACAGAUUUAAAAUAAAGGUGAGAUGUAUCCACAAUCUUGCAUUUUGCGGUUUGGCGAGGACCACUCACUUCCUCCUUCCUCUAUUGCUUGUGAGGCCAUCUUCAAGGUACAAUCAUAACUUGAAAUCUUUGACUAUAUGGGCAAGAUUUUUGAUCGAGAAGAAUGCAUUCUAUGCAGUUCUCUAUAAUAAAAGUGUGUUGACUAAACUUCAGGGCCUUAAUUUCUGGAUUCACGCUGAUGCUGCCUGGGGUGGAUAUCUAAUGACAAUGCUACGGGAGCCCAUAGAUUCAGGUACCAAAGAAUCUGAGAGAAGCAAAAUUGUCAAAGAAAACUGGAACAUAAUCAGCACAAUACCACGAAGAACCCAUUCUAUACCUUCAAAUCUGGACCGUGGUCAAUAUAUCAUGCGAUCUCUGGUAGAAAAUGAAAACAUUUCUCACAAAAGGAAUCUGUCGACAAGGUACCGCCAUGAAGUUGCUCCAAGCGACUUUGUACCAGAUAUUUCAUUGUCUCCCUACGUUAUUGAACAAUACCAAGCGCUAAGAAUGGUGGAUACAAUCACAGUAGACCCACAUAAGGCAGGAUUUUGUGUCUAUCCUUCUGGUGCACUGUGUUACAGAAACGGAUCAAUGCGCAGUUACAUCGCUUUAGCAGCACCAGAAGUGUACCACGGAGAAGAUGAUCCGUCGGUUGGAGUAUACGGUUUGGAAGGUUCAAAGCCAGGAGCUGCUGCAACAAGUGUUCUUCUUUCCCAUAAUGUUAUUGGCCUAAACAAACUGGGAUAUGGGCGUAUCUUGGGUCAGUGCACAUUUGCAACCAAACUGUUCUAUUGUAUGUGGAUGACAAUAGCACAGGACGAUGAUCCAUUUGUUUGUGUUAACUUUAUCGACUCCCAUCAAGGUAGCAUGGAAGAUAUGAAGAAAUUUAUCAGAACAAAAAUCCAUGGGAAAACAAACAAGGAGAUAUUCCAAGACAAAGAGGCCAUGACGUUUCUGGCUGAAGUAGGACCGGAUGCUCUAAUCAAUACAUUUGUUGUGAACAUAAAAAAUGAAGACGGUUCACUCAACACUGAUAUCAACAUUGCAAAUGAUUUGCAGUCAGAAAUUUUCAAAGAGCUUUCAGGAAGGGUUGGCCUACCAACAAAACGAAUACCGAUGUAUCUAACAACAUCUGAAUUCAAUACAAAAAAAUAUGGGGUAUCUUUGGAUGCAUUCAAAGAGAGACUUGGUCUUGAAGACAUCACGAAAUGCAAUUUGAAGUUUCUCAGAAACACAGUCAUGAAUCCUUUUCAGUCAACCAAUGGGUUUGUUGAAAAGAUUGGAGCAGCCUUCCAUAACACUGUGUUGAACUGUAUAGGAAAGAUUAAAGACAAGCCUUACAACCAUGAGUUCGUUAGCAGUCACAUGAGUAAGAGUGGCACUCUCUAUUGUUCAAACUUGCCAUCUUUUACUCACAGCGCAAGGCGAUACCAUAUUGUGAUACGAUUGCAAAUGGUUGACAGGCUCGUGAUGUCUAAAUUAAGGCAGAUGCAAAAAGUAGGGAAAGUACGCAGCAUAAUUCUCAAGACUUCAAAUGCAAUGCAAAUGCAUGACAUUGUCCGUUCUCAACAAGACAUUGAGUUUGAUAUGUUCAUUUGCCAACAACAGCCGCAACAUGAUAAUCAAACGAUGAAGCUGCUUUCAAAGAAUGUGAAGCUAGUGGUUGAUGACGUCUUUAGAUACGAGCAUCUUCGGCCGCAUGCCCUUGAUAUAGAUUACCCUGUGUGGCAAAAGUACUUCCUUUUUGGGAAUCUUGAUGAAGUUUACAUCACACACUGCAUGACGAAGAAAGAAGACUUUUUCCAGUUGGUUCGUUUGGAUCAUAUACCACACAGUCUGUCUGCAGAAGUGGUUGACACAGGAGUCGAGAUAACCAUUCUAGGUGUUCAUGGGUCACCAUUGAUGUAUGACGGCGUUAUUCAAGAUCCUUUGCAGGCUGAGAGAUAUCAGGUGAUCUUAAGAAGCUUCGACGAUAUAGAGAUUAGGACUGAAAUAGGACUUCAUACAGAGAAUGCCAAAAUAUGGUUUCAAGAACUCGAAUAAUUUCGCUGAUAUUAGCUUUUAUAUUUAUGUACAAAGUAGCAACAUGGCUAUUACAUUAACGAUAGACAUAGACGUACAAACUUAGCAUAUAUUUUUAGCUGCAAAUCAUUUGCCGUAGCGAGUUUUUCGUAGCAGUAAAGCAGACGCCUUUCUACUAUCUGAAGAAAUGCCAGCUGUAAUGUAAAGAUAGUUUAGUCCAAGACAUAACAAAUGCUGAUGUUAAGGUCUAAUAGUUUAUUUACUAUGAUUGGGAUCUGUUUGAAUUAAUAUACUGCGGCUGAUGUAUAAGCAAACAAUAUAUUUAUUAAUCUUCUAUCAUUUAAUGAUAACCUUUAACAUAAAAGUUUUCUCACACAGUAAUAAAUUAUUUUUUUGUGUAUAAAUUAGAUAAAAACUUUAGAAUUUAGACAGUUUAAGAUAUUUCUACAGAAAAUCUUGGAGUUUUCUUUCAUAUUCUACUGCAACUUCCUGAAUAGAUCCCAUCAAAUGUUUGGCACGGGAGGCAUACAUUAUCUCAAUUGAUCUUAACUGGAUUUUAUUUGAAUGCAUCUUACAGGUUUUAAAAAGAGGCGGCCAUUUGAAGCUGUAGAUGCCCCGUAUUUCUACCAAAUUCUUGUUGUCCCAAAAAAACUCUUUUCCUUCUAGCUUUAAGGCCAAUUAAACCCUACAUCAUGCUACAAUUUUUCUACGGUAUUUAUAAUCUUCAAUAAGGUGUAAAAUUUUAGUUUCAUGAUGAAUUUGAUGGACUAAAGCUGUAUUUCGGGACUGUUUUGCCUACCUUUCUGACAUUACUCCACGUGGUAUACUCUGAGCACUGUUUUCAACCAUGUCUUCGCUAAUCCCUACUAUUCUUAAACUAUUACUGUACCAGAAGGUUAGUUGUCCGAUCUGUGUUUCAAUUUCUCGAAAGUGCGUUAUUAUCACACAGAUCAGAAUAUGUUACAAAACAAGUUGCACAUUUUCACUGGCAAGUCGCUUAAUGAAUUUAGCAUAACAUUUUACUCAACAAUUUGAUAUGCAGCAAAUCCCAAAUUUAUGCACUUGCAUAUGGAAAAAGGUUGGGUAUCUGUUCAAUUGAAUGGGAAAAUCUCGUUAAAAAUCAAAAUUUGUUUCCCAAGGCAUUUUUAAUUUGAUAAAAGUAUCACUGAACAGUGCCUAGCUAUUCGAUCUGUAGAGUAGAUAUUCAAUCAAACUUCUUGAUUGAAUAA